AUGUAUCCCCCCUUCCAACGCUGCCUGUUCGCUGAACAACGAACAGAGAUCUAUACCGUUCGGCCGGCCGGUGGGCUUCCUGAAGUCCUCGGGGUUGGCAUUGCAGUUGAUUUCGACAGCCGCAUUCCAAGCACCAUGAUCCAUCGCAACUGCAGGGUCCAGGAUCGGGAAGACACGGAAGAGCAGGAGUCAGGCACGAAUUCGAGAUAUGUGCGAAACUUCAGCACCGAGCAUAGUCCGCAGCUGGUAUUUAUCGAGCUGGACAGCGCUAAAAAUAACGACGGUAGUCACUGUAUUACCAGUGGAGCACUGUUCUGCAGUCGAGUUGUACCAGCCGAUUCGGUCGAGGGGCCGAGCCUCUCUGUGCCUGCUAUUGUCGUGCACCGCGAUUCCAAGUCCGAGAAUCUGUUGGCCACGACUUUUUGGGCAGGCAUCUGGAAAGGAGGGUCAGAGCGAUACAACGCCCAUGAACAGAACUUCCACGAUAGGUUCAAAGGCCUCGGGUGGCUAAGAUCUGUGCCUGAGGCGUCAUAUGCGCUUUGCGGGACAACUUUAGCCAGCGCCGAGGAUGCAGGAUCAUUAUUACGUGCCGCACAUCAAGUGUUGCCCAAGGGCAGCGGACUAUCUGCCGGCCGAGUCGGCAAGGCUGCUACAUAUCUGUCUCCAUUCUUUGCCGCUUGCAUGGUUGCACACAUCCACGUGCAGGAGGACCGGACUAUUGUGCUGCGCUUAUUUGGGUGCGUGCGACUGUCCAAACUGAAGACUGAUCGCAACAAUUUUCUCAGCAUCGCCUCACGACCCCAUCUGGCCACAGCAGUGCGGACUCUCGAGUGGCACGAGCUUCCAAUUACAGCUUACCGCAAUGGUACACAACUCACUGAUUUCGGGAUGACACUCGCAGAGGUGUACCGCUGGUAUAAGAACUUGUGCCGGAUUGAGCCGUGGAGCCCCUUCGACAAGAAGGCCCCGCGCUUUACGCAGUCCCGUUAUAUGGAACGGCUCCGCGGCUUUCACCAAGCAUUCACGGCUGCCAUCAGCGCCAUGCCCCAUCUCGACACGUUCCGAAUGCAAUCAGCCGACCACGGUCAAAUACUGGGCACCAUAGGGCGCACCCCAGUCCUCGUCCAGGACAUUGACACAGAUGUUGGAUACAAACGCAGCUAUAGGCGGCUGUUGCUUGGGGUGCAAGACUUCUUCCACAACGCCUUGGAGGCUAAAGCAUCCAGGAUCUCUCGUGUCCCAAGUACAUGCGCUUCGAUCACCUACUGCACAAGGACGUCGUCACUCGGGCCGCCCCCAGCCGACAUCACCUACUUUGGUGCUGUGUCCGGCCAGCCGUUCCAGUCCAUGACUUCCGUCGAGCUUGCUCUGGCUAACGUUGGGCAGGAAACCAUGAAACGGACCCUGUCAGCCCUUCUCCAUGCUCGCCAGCUUCGGACCCUCCAGCUGAAGUACGCCAAAGGCACAGAAGGUGGACGCACAUCAAAAGGCUCUGCAGAGACUGGACGCACGAUUGUCGAAUUCUUCAAGGAACGGGGAUCGGGCUGGCCUCCCCUUAAGGCAUUAAGCCUGGAAGAUAUGAAUCUCUCGUCUCGAGUGCACAUCGCGCUUGUCACGCUGCACAAGGCAACCCUGUGCAGCCUGCGCCUCGUCAAUUGUGGUCUGACCUUGGCCGAUGUCAACGAUCUAGCUCCGAUAGACGGCUUGCGCUUGCAGACGGUCGAGAUACAAGAACCUCGUGGCGAACCGCAGGAGAUUGAGCACGACCACCAGCUGUGCAUUCUCACCCGCUGGAAGAAGCGAGUCCCGCUCCAAGGACAAGCUGCGGCCAACCAUGAAGACUUGGUCAUCCGCACUACCGAUCCCAACGAGGAGCUCUCCGAGGACGCGAAUGAGGACUCUCAUCCUAACUGGGAGAACCCAGACCGCAAUUUCAUCUGGGCCGCUCUGUACCGCAGGCCCUUCCGAUUCUACAGAGAGCGGUAUGCACGAUGCUGGCACUGGGGCAGGAGGACCACCUCGGGCCCGAUCCAUUUCUGGCCAUCAGAUGACGAGAGCGGUCGGCCGACGUCGUUGUGGAAGUUCACGCACGGCGCCACCGGCGAGGUCCGGUUCGGCGACAACCCACUCGAGUACUGGGACGCAUGGGACGAGGAAGACGGUAGCGCUGACAUCGCCGAGCCGACGCCCUACGACCACGCCUUCCUGUGCUACGUGUCGGAUGUCAGCGACAACGAAUGGGGACAGCCCCCCAAGGAAGAAGCGGUGCCGCGAAAUCGAGAAACCACGAAGUUCACCAAGAGGAUGCAGGACGAGCUUGAACGCCAUAGACUCCUGCCGGUAUCUGACUAGGUCGAUGGUUAGAUGGCGGCCACCACACAGACUCAUAGGAUAUGAGGGGGACGGAAUCUCCAUGUGUCUAAUGUCUAUCAAGCUACGCCGGGAACACGAAAGGACGAAAGAAGCAGCGUGUAGAGGGCUGUUAUGUGCACGCCAAGGAGGAGCUCGAGCGAUUGGCAUCCCUGUCUGGAAGAAACAUGGCAAGUAUUGGCGGUAGAAUAGUUCUGUAGAGCUGGACGUGCAUGUCCACGAACUCCCUUACGAAAGAAG